CCACUCGGAAGUGCAAGCCGAAGAAACACGUAUCCGAGCGACUCAGGCGUCUUUGGCACCUGGGGUGUGUAUAUAUAUAUAUAUAUGUUAGUAAACUAGACAGUAGAAAUGUUCUGAAGAAUGGGAACUUAAUUGGUCGUGAUAUAGUUGAAGUCGAGAGAUAUAUAUAUAUUUGUAAUCCUAGUGAACGCCCUCAAUCAAGGCGUUUGGAUCAAAACUCAGCAAGUUCAUUUCGUGGCGAAAACGCCAUCGGAAACCAUAUUGCCUGCACCAUGGUGCGUGCAGCGCUGGUGACUGCCACCAGUCUGGCUCUGACUGGCGCUGUGAUUGCCCAUGCCUACUUUCUCAAACACCAGUUCUACCCCACUGUGGUCUACCUCACCAAGAGUAGCCCCAGUAUGGCAGUGUUGUACAUCCAGGCGUUUGUGUUGGUGUUCCUGUUGGGAAAGUUCAUGCGUAAAGUCUUCUUCGGGCAGCUGAGAGCUGCAGAGAUGGAGCAUCUGAUAGAGCGAUCCUGGUAUGCUGUCACAGAGACGUGUCUGGCCUUUACCGUGUUCAGGGAUGACUUCUCUCCCCGCUUCGUAGGCCUCUUCACCCUGCUGCUCUUCAUCAAGUGCUUCCACUGGCUGGCUGAGGACAGGGUGGACUUUAUGGAGAGAAGUCCUAAUAUAUCCUGGGUCUUCCACUUCAGGGUGUUCUCUCUGAUGUUGUUGCUGGGAGUCCUGGACUUCCUGUUUGUCAACCAUGCCUGUCACAGUAUCAUCACACGAGGGGCCUCUGUCCAGCUGGUCUUUGGAUUUGAGUAUGCCAUCCUGAUGACCAUGGUGUUCACCACCUUCAUCAAGUACACCCUCCACACUGUCGACCUCCAGAGUGACAACCCCUGGGACAACAAAGCAGUCUACAUGCUCUACACCGAGCUCUUCACUGGUUUCAUCAAGGUCCUCCUGUACAUGGCGUUCAUGACCAUCAUGAUAAAGGUGCACACCUUCCCCCUAUUCGCCAUCCGGCCCAUGUACCUGGCUAUGAGGCAGUUCAAGAAAGCUGUUACGGAUGCAAUAAUGUCACGGCGAGCUAUCCGCAACAUGAAUACACUUUACCCAGAUGCCACUCCUGAAGAUCUGCUGGCUUCAGACAAUGUAUGUAUCAUCUGUCGUGAAGAGAUGGUGGCUGGAGCCAAGAAACUUCCCUGCAACCAUAUCUUCCACGCAAGUUGCCUUCGCUCCUGGUUCCAGAGACAGCAGACGUGUCCUACAUGUCGUAUGGAUGUCCUCCGGGCCUCUAACCCCAACCAGCCUCCCGCCCCAGCGCCUGCCCAGCCUCCUGCCCCGGCAGCACCUGUCAACGCCCCUGUCCCUGGUCCACCUGGGAACGUUGGCCCUGGAAUGAUGCCCCACUUCCCCCCAGGGCUGUUUCCUUUCUGGGGGCCCUUCCCUGGAGCGGCCCCCCCUGCUGGUGCUGCUGGCGCCCCAGGGGCCACAGAGACCCCAGGGGCCACAGAGGCAGCUCAGACUCAGGGAGCUGGCACCACUGGGGCCAGUACAGUCGGUGCUGCUCCUGCUCCAGGAGGCCCUAUGCCUGGGUUCCCCUUCCACUCCUUCCCACCCCCACCGUUCCCCUCAGCUCCGUGGCUGACUAUGCCACCACCCCCUCCACCGUUUGUGUCAUCCAUGCCCCCUCCUCCCCCGGCCCUGUCCACCAUGUCAGAGGCUGAGCUGAGGGAGCUGGAGCAGCAGGGCCGUAGAGGCCUGGAGGCCAGACUGCAGUGUCUCCACAACAUCCACACUCUACUGGACGCUGCCAUGCUCAACAUCGACCAAUACCUCACUACCGUCGCCACACUCAUUCCUCCUCAGUCAGAAACCAGCAGCGCGGCUGGAGAGGCCAGCGGAUCAUCUCCUCCCUCCACUAGUGCAGAAACCCAGGAGAACGACUCUCAGAGCAGUACAGCCGCUGAACCUGAAGCUGUGAAUGGGGCCACAGGUUUCUCCCAGCCAGACUCUACCACGUUGGGCGACAGUGAAGACCAGCGGGAUGAAGAGGAAGGAGAUGGAGAGGAAGUCGGGGAAGACGGAGAGCCCAACCCUUCAGAGCUGAGGCGCCGUCGUCUCCGCAAACUCGAGACCACACCCCCUCCUCCUGACCACUAAAACAUGCCAACUGGUGCAUUCUGGGAACUGACUUAUCAAUCAAUACAUUUGAUGACCAAUUAAUAAUUAUAGCUGUAUUUUAUUUCUCUCCUUUCUCUUCCUGACUCUGUGUUUUGUGUUGUUUGAACUCAGACAGCCAAGAGAUAGGAGGAAGGACCAACUUGUUGUUCCACAACCUUUUUGUUGUUGUUGGAACACGAAAGUAAGAUUAGAAAAAGAAAGUACUGCCUGACAUCUUAUGAUCCAUAUGCAGGUUUUGCCCCCCCCGCCUCCUCCCGUUUACCCAAUACUGAGGAGUCAUAUUCAACACACAGACUGGACUUCUUCAAAUACACACCUGUCCUAAGACUGGACUUCUUCAAAUACACACCUGUCCUGAGACCGGACUUCUUCAAAUACACACCUGUCCUGAGACCGGACUUCUUCAAAUACACACCUGGCCUGAGACCGGACUUCUUCAAAUACACACCUGGCCUGAGACCGGACUUCUUCAAAUACACACCUGGCCUGAGACCGGACUUCUUCAAAUACACACCUGGCCUGAGUUCUUGUUCAGUGACGACAAAGUGAACAGUGUUUCUAAAUCUCAGGUCACUGGUACUUGUCCUUCCGACUGUGAAAGGUUACUUUCUCUUCUUCUUCUUUCCCCCGUGACUAUAAAAUUAAUCCUCCUUAUUGUCCAGCUUGUCAGACCUCUGGAUAAGAGCGUCUACUAAAUGACUUAAAUGUAAAUGUGUUACAGGGAGGUCUGACCCAUUGACUUAAAGGAAGCAAUGUUAAAUUUCAAUCUGGCUUUGUCUGUAAUGGUACCCUAUUCCCUAUGUAGUGCAUAGGUGUCUGGUCCAAGUAGUGCACUUCCUAGGGAAUAGGUUGUAGCCAUAGCGUCCCGAGUGAUGGACGACUUAAUACCCUCUCUGUGAUGGACGACUUAAUACCCUCUCUGGGAUAUCAAGAUUUUGCUGCAGGUGUGAGCAUUAUAACUUAAUAAGAAAUUGGGUUGAUUUAACCUGUACAUACUGUAAAAAAAUGUUUUACUAGGGAUGACCUGUACAUACUGCAGAAUAAACCAUUGAAAUGUAA